AUGUCCAAACGACUCAUUUCGUUACUGCUGUCAGGUCUCAUCACACAAACUGGUGCUCAACAUGUUGUCAAAGAACCAGAUACAGUCUGUGUAACGUACUUAUCAACAUAUCUCGUCCCUAUUUCGUCGAACGCCACAGGUUCUGUGCCUACAGAUGGCGCGAACGGCUCAUCGCAGACUUUUGAUGCUGCCUUGACAGCUUCUACCACAUUAGAGUCCGGGAUUAAUCCAUCCCUCGAACUGACCGAGGCUCUUCAACCUUCCAAGUCUCUAUCUGGUGACUCCAAUCAGUUUAUCACAACCUCGGUCACGACCGGUACGAAUACAGCGGACUCCGAUCCCACGACAGCGCCCGAGCCUGAUGACCAGCUCGUUGUCUUCCGCAUCGUCCCAGACACUGAUAGCUCAAGACGGAGGCGACUCAAGAGAGCGCUUGGAGGCUUUGUAGGCUCUACCUCGGAGAUAUGCCAAGAUGCUUCUGCGUUUAGCCUCUCUGGCGGACGCCUUCUUGACGGCCGGAGACCUAUUUACUACAACGGCGAAGACUUUAAGGAAUUGCGCGGUCAACAGACGACACCACCUCGCGGGGCUGUUGCUACCACAUUUGCUGGUGAUGGUGGAUUCCUACGAUUUCGCAGCCCUGACCUGCCCAACGGCGAAGCAGGCUUCUGUCAGAGCCCAGGAACUGGUCAGGUAUACAUUACAUUUGCAUCAUCACCACCUGGCUGCGUAUCAGUCAGGCUAUCUGUUGUUGGAGUCGAUGAGUGCGAAGAUGGGCAAACGUCUGUAAGCGCUGCGCCUAUGUCCACUGAUCUCCAGACCCUGCAACCUACAGUGGACUCUGUGGUCACAUCCAUUCAUUUUAGUACAGCUAUUACUGCUGUUUCUAAUGAUCCCUCUGACGCCACGUCGUUCGGGGACUUUACGACACUUAUUUCUCCGUCUCUGGAACCUACGCAGACGCGACCUGCGCAAACAAGUUCUUUUCGCUUUUCUAAUACUUCAACCAAUGCGUUCCCUACAGUAUCAAUUGAGACGUCCGAAGACCUUUCUUUUACAAACAUACCUGGUGUUACAUUUACACCUUCAGAAAAAGCAACGACAGAUGAUAUUUUACCCACUGACACGCCAUCUACACAAUCUCAACUUACCUCUGAUGAUGCAUCAUCGAGCGUCGCGGAGGCUGCAACUUCGACAAGGCCAGUCACAGACACUACUAGCCUUGGGCCCAGUAUCAGCUCUUCCGGUACUAAUAGCAUCGCCGACUCAGAGGUCACGAGCACAACGACAACGUUGGAGUCCGCUAGCACUUCAGACAUAACAACUGACGUCUCCACGACAACCACAGCUGCCGAGACCACCACUACCACUAGUCCACCAUCUCGGGCUUGCGAGUCUUACCUCAUCAACCCAACAGUCCUUUUUAGCGGUGAUCAAGAUAACGACAAUGGAGUUGAAGAGCUUACUCUUCCAUUCCCGGUGGGGAUAUACACCGAGUCCAGCGAAACCAUCUACAUUGGUGUCAAUGGACUGAUAAGCUUGUUUGACAACUCCAUCGCACAAUCCUCCAACAAUCCAUUUCCGGAUAAUGGCUUGCCAUCAGUGGCCAUUGCGGCCUACUGGGAUAACUUGCGCAUUAAAGGUAAUUCUGGUUACGAAAUCACGUACAGAGUUUACGAUGAUGCUGAUUAUCGCGCUGUCAAUAUCGACUGGUGUGUUGUGGAUGAGGAUGAUGUUGUCACCCACUUCAUGGUUAUUGUCAGGGCUUACGAUCUUUCAAACCCCGAGUCAGUUUUCAUGCGUUACUUCCAGUCAAAUGGAGGAAAAUCAGCCACUAUAGCUGUACAGAAUCUUGUUGAUGCAAAGUCUGAGCAAUUCUCUUACGAUAUGGAAGAUGCAGUGCCAGAUGGAUACACGGUUCUCUUCUUCACUAUAGGAGGCGAUGAGAGAGUUGUUUAUGUGCCACCGUAA